UUUAGCUGGUGUUUGCAGAGCAAUUUGCCAGCACAGAUAACCAAAGAGCCUAUGUACACGACCAAAUAGAGUUGGUCUCUCCUGAGCUAAUACUAGUCUAUUCAUUAGUCUCAAAACAAAUAGGACGGACUUGAAGAAGAAGAGGAGGAGAGGUUUCUGCAAAGAAGAAACAAGUUUUUAUUGGUUGACAUCUUCGAGUACCGUAACGAGGUAACGAGAGCUCUAAAGCCAGGCAUGUUUUGUUCUUUUUUGUCAACAGAGCGGUCUUGACAAGCGGCUGGACCGGGAACCCGAGCGGAUCAUACCUUGCUGAAGACCGAUGUGGAACAGGUCCACACUAGCAACGGACUCACAUACUAUAGGGCCAGAAUAAAUGUUGGUAGGCCUAUUUAGGCCCUAUUUCGUUUAUAAGGCAUUCGAAAAAGCGAGUUCGUUUUAACUUGGACAUUUUGGACGGAUGGAUGUAAUUUACUGGAUCACGACAGCGAUUUAACCCAACCAGAAACAGACAUCGUUAAAUGAAUGAUUGUGCCAAGGAAAGUUCUUCUCCUUCGAGUGCAGGGUUUGAGUAAGCACAGCCCCGCACCUUGCCAACAGCUGCAGCAGCCAAAAGCGGCGAGCGAAGUUAGCAGUAGAGCGCCAUCUGUUGACAAUAUACCAUAUAUUCUGAGGAAACGUCUUCAUCUCCACGAUCAGCGGAUGCCAACCUCGUUACAGUUUUUCAACACUGAAAAGCAAGUAAAUGGAUGUGGCUGGAAAGUGAAAUACGUUCUCACUUCAAAUGGAAAGAAAUAAAAGAAUAUGUCAUACAAUACUAAUCUCAUGUUUAUUCAAAUGCCCUCUCCAAGGCGGCCCACAAUGCCUGUAUCAACAACGAGCUCUAUACGAACGCUUGGGAAAUCGAGAGGAGGGGGUAUGAGCAAAAGCGGGAAUUUCACAUCCUCCAAGACUGAUGAUAAGAGGAAAGAAAAUAGCAGUCGCCCAGCGUUGAGUCUUAAAGAUAUCACCAAAUUUGAUUUGAUGAGUCCAUUUGCGGUGCAGCAACUCACUGGAAGUUUCCAAUCUUCAUUUCCAACUAUCGCUGGGAAGGAGGCUAGCAACGUGAAGAUGUUGAACGUCCAGUUGCCUAAGAAUCCUUACGCGGCCUUGCCAAGACUAGCACUCACCAAGGGGGAGGAUGUUCGAGAGGAGGCACGGAUGAGUUUGAUACACGGACUCGGACGAUCGCAUUCCGAGCUAUCGCACUUCAGAACGCGCGACUCGCAUCGCGCGCUGCUGCAGGACCGACCGCAUACGGAAAGCAGGCUUACGCGCAGGGCACAACAUGGCGGACCGGCCUUCUUCUCCAGUAGAGCUAGUACGAUAUCAGAGGAAAGCAGACCACCUCCAGAGUCCGAAGACUCUUCUAACUCAGAGACAACGAGGAAGGAAUCCGAAAGAACAAAGAGUCAUUUGGAAGAAUCCCCUCAGCAAUAUGACAAAUCAAGUACUUAUAAAGAGCUUGUCCGAAUCCGGAGGGCAAAGGUGCGGGCCCAGACGAAACGAGCGACCUCUGGAAAAGGAACGAAGCCUGGACGGGCGACCACGGCGGAAAAAAUUGCGAAUUUAGCUAUGAGUGAAUACACGGAGGUACACGCAAACAAUGGACAGAUUGAUGGGCAGGUUUGGAGCGGUGUCAAACCUAGAACUGCACCUGACGGAUCAAGAUUAGUUCGCUUUAACACGCAUAACGAUGUGUUUGAGUAUACCCCAGGUCAAUGUAUAAAUUGAUUGACGGAUGGAUCCAGUCACAUUCGUAAUCCGGCCUUCUCAAACGUGCCAGGACAACGAUCCCGGACUAGCACCCUUCGGAGUCCGGUCAACUGCCCCUAGCAACCAUAACACCCGGACAACAACUCGUCUUGGACAAUUAAUACUACACAUCGACCCCCUUACUACUCCGAAUGGGAUUUAUUCGGAAGGGUAUUUUCCAAGUACAUGUAGUCCUACAAAGGCAACCUUAAAAAUAAUUUAUUUUAAUAGUACGAAGUUUGGAAUAGUUCGGCAUGACAUGCAUAAUGGAAUCAGUGCAUGACGUAGCUCAGUGGCAUUUGCACCCUUACAAUCGAAUGACAGACAAGAAAUUGUCCAAAAAGAGAAAAUUAUGAUAUUUCGUCUACCACGUCAGCCCUCCCCACAUAUCCGUUGAUUUCGUUCAUUUGCGGCUCCCCCUUCCAUUACAGGAUUAGCAUUACGCCACUCUUUGCAGUUUAAUAUAUUUUACGUGAAAUAGUUCCCAAUUCUGAAAUUUAAUUCUGAACGAUUUAUUGACAUUUUGCUGAUGUAAACAAUAUUGAGGCACAAUAACACUAACGAAAUCUUGAUUUAGAAAUUACGUUUACACUAGAGUGUAAAAACCACGGAGUUUUGUAUUUUGGGCAAGUUUAGCGUAUGCGCAUCAUGUCUGCUUGAUAAGUUUCGUUCCUGAUAGCGCGCGAAAGUAAAGAAAACAAAAUUGCUGAGAUUCUGCGACUUAGAGUGAGCAUUUACAUUGGCAAAAAAAACAC